AUGGCAGCCUGUUGGCAGAGUGUAAACAGAGACUGCUCCUGCUUGGCUGGGGAGUGGGACCCUGUGUGUUCAGACAACGGCAUCACCUACACAUCUCCCUGCCUCGCAGGCUGCUCCAGCAUUACAGGUUUUGGCAAGAACGCGAGUUUAAACGAAGAUGAUCCAGGUGAUCAUCAAAGUUUGGAAGGUCAAGUCCAGAAAAUGAAGAAUGAUAUCCUGGGUUUAAACUAUCCAGAAGAUAGUGAAGUGAAGGAUCCCCUGCCUCAGAUCGAGCUGAAGGCUGUGACAAGGAGAAAAGUUAAGACCAAGAGGAGGACCAGUGCCAACAGGUCCACAGUUGAACAGAGCACUGAUACUGAUGCAGCCGAGAGAGAUUUAUUUGAUAAUCAGAGUGAUGAAGAUGAGGAUAAGGUGAAGAAGGAUCCCCUGCCUCAGAUGGAGCAGGAUGCCGUGAAGAGAAAUAAAGUCAAGACCAAGAGGACCAAGAGAAACAAAGUGGAGCAGAUCACUGAUACAGAUGCAGGUCCCUCUACAUCUGUGGAAUCUUCUGGGAUGACAGUUCAGGGGACAUCUCACCAGGGACAAUCUAAUGAAAAGAUCCUAAGUGAGUGUGUCUCCAGGGCCUGUCAGACCAGGGCUCUUGACCUCCCGCCAAUCGAUCCGGAUGCUUUCAACCCGAUUAUCAUCCGGUUUCUGGAAAAACUUACUGAGGAGCAAUGGAGGCAGUUAAACAUUGGCAGGAUGGACCCUGUGAUGAGGGCAUUGCUUGCAGAGAUGUGCCUGGAGAUUGUGCGGUUUGUAUCUGAGGCCAUCCUGGAGGUCAUCAUCCCUGCAAUUUUCCGUUUUGUACGGAUAUACAGCCAUGUGUCUCCAGUAUCCGGCAAGUCUCUGACAGAAUCAGAGAGAUCCUCUAGCACAAACCUGAAGGUUCACAAGAGAGGCAGCAGCAAAUCCUCAAGGUCUUGCACGGCCAAAUCAAGCUCCUCUCGUAAUGGGUCUCAGACAGUGUUGCCAAAUACUCAGGGAGAUCGUGAGUCUAUAUCAUCUGAGCCACUCAGGGACUUUUUUGGGAUCACUGAGGACAGUCUCCUCACUGGUGUCCAGGAUUCCUUCAAAGAGUCGCUGAACAAUGUCCUCUGUAUCCAAAGAGAGGGACAGGUAGACACUCAAAGUCUAUCCCGGGUUAUUGUUGGAGAAGUGUCAAAGAAGGUCAAUUCCAUAAUCUCUGUGGCCAUCCAAACUCCCAUCUCUGGCCAAAUGUCCCCUGUCAUUUUUGCCAGUGGUGGUGUCUCCAGAACCAAGGUUGUUGAGGAGAUGGUGUCUGGCGUUUCCAACAUACUUCAGAUGUAUAUUAAUGGGAAGAGUGUUGAGCAGAGUGUUGUUCUCAGAGAGGAUGGUGUUGAGGUGGAUAUGACACAUUUAACAGGACAGGUCAUGACAGCCCUCAGUGGCACUGUUUUGAACUUCAGCAAUAAGGAGGAAAAUGAUCCCGACAAGAGGGAACUGCUUUGUGUUGUUGCUGACCAUAUGAAGAUGCUUGAAGCUUGUAAAAGUCCAGAGGAGAUGCUAAAACAAGGAGAGAGCAACCUCAAUAUCAAAGGUGCCAAAUCUAGUCUUCGUCUGUCAACACAAAGUAUGAACAGACUACUCACUGAGGAGGUUCAGACCAAGGCCACUGAAUCGAUCCGGGAGAUUGUUAAAAGAUUCAGGGGUUGUACAUCAUGUUGUUCUGGCACUACAUCAUCUAGUCCAACUCCUAGGAUAGGUGAGAUCAGAGACCUUAUGAUUGACCCUGAGGCCUCUGAGUUGGUAAGUACCUUUGUUUCAGACAUGGACAAUCUUACCCAGUUUAUCAGGGCAUCCUGCUCUCCUGCACAGAGUGAGCAGAUCCUUCUUGAAAACCAUCAGAGUAAGAUCUGGUCUUACACUGUUGGCUGUUACUACGACAUGAAAAAUAUGCUGAAGAGGAUUCUUACCUGUCCAAAAAAAGGGGAUCUCGCAAGUACAUUUGUGAAGAGCACAAAAGAUUCUUUCACAAUGGUUCCAACUUUUUGCCUGGACUUCGAUCAUUCCAGUAAUGGUGAGGCUGACACAUCGGACUCCAUUUCUUGUAAACCACUUUUAAUAACCCCCUCAUCUAUGAAUAAACAAAAAGGACAAAGUGAGACCCCAAAACCUCUCUUGGCUCUCAAAAAGUAUUUGCAAGACCAAGUCCUCCUUGACACCACAAAAGCGAUUGCCAGCCAGGUUCUAGUCUUGUAUAAGACUGAGGUGAUGGAGAAGUUCUCAUCUUCUGUUGGAGAGUGUGAUUCUGAAGAGUCUCUGGAGGCCAUUCUAUUUGUGGAUGGCAUCAUGUCUGACUUGAAUGAUUUCACCAGUUCUUGUUCCCCCUCACCAUCUGAGUUGUUAGACAGUGAACAAUGUCUCUCCCAUCUCACUUUUCCACUUGGUCUGCAGGACAGCACCACCAACAGUGAAUCUACCCAGAAUCUUCCAGUUAUAAAUAUGAAGAAACUCUCCAGUGUGUCUUUCCAGACAAAGGCUAGAAAGGCAGUGAGUGAAGCUCUGAGAUCUAUCAACCCCUUUACAAACAGCUUACUGGGAGACUCUGAAGCAUCUAAAUUGCUGGACACUUUUGUAACAGAUGUGGAGACUGUUGUUCAGUCCAUGCAGGCACAUGAAUCUGAAAAUUUCCAAAUUUCAAAAGUGAGCACCCUUUCUGCUGCUCGUAUUAUAUAUCAUAGAUUUCGAGAAAUGCUGAGGCGGUUUCUCAUUCCCUGCCAAGACAAUGUAAAGGUCAUCGAUGGUGUUACACCAAUACAUGAUGAGACUCUCAAACAGGCUCCUAGUGAAAGUUUAGAUUCUCAGGUGACUUGUAAUAGUGAUUCUCUUGAAAUCCAAGCGGACCUUCAAGCCUGUACUAAGGAGGUCAUUAGUCAAAUCCUCACUGUGUAUCACUCUGAGGAAUCCAUGGAGGAAUGUUUCUCUAGCCUAAAAGGAGAUACAGAAGACCUGUCCAAGCUUUUGGAUGCCGUUGUUUCUCAGAUUGACGUCCUUGCCGCCUCCAAAUCAUAUUUAUCUGUUGAUGACUAUGCUGUCAAUACACAGGACAAUUUGCAUGGUGAGAUCAACAAUGAUGAGGAGGAGGCAUCCUCUAGAAGUCUUAAAUCCACAGCCUUUGACAAACUAUGUACUGAGGAGUUUCAAACUAAAGCCUCACAUAUGGCUGGUGGGAUCCUUCAAUCAGGGUUAAUUGGCAUUGUAAAUACCAGCCUUGAUGGUAGAAGUGCAGACAUUUGUGCAGAGUCCAGUAAUGAUGGUGAUGAUAGAGAUGUCAAAAUCCUUCAGAAGAGUGGAACUCCACCUUUGUUCACCUCUUCUCUGCACACCAAUUCUGCAGCAUCCAACAUCGUCAUAAGCAUCACUAAAGACCUUAAUAGCUUCACCCAGAUGACUAAAAUGUCUGAUGCUUCAGUGUCUGGCCAGUUAGAGAGAUCCCUGUCAGCUUCAACCCUUCCUAUCAGUGUUCACAACGGGGCCAAUGUGAAAGGAAAGAUCAUUUGGCCAGGCACUGUUAACCUGUUCAACAAUGUGUUCACCAAGGUCAAGGAUUUUUUUGCCCAGCAACAACCGGUCCUCCUAGACAAUGUGGUUGAGGCCCCCAAACAUGCCGAAUCCAUAUGCAGAACAGCUACUUCUACACAAAUGACUUACAGUGAACAUGAAGGCAGCCAGACAAGCAUGGUAAAUUAUUCCAAAGCCUUAAUUAGUCAGACUCUGAUGACAAUCCAGAGGAGAGUGUCUAUGUCAGAGAGGAUGAGCACUUCAGAGAAAGGCCUCUUGACUCGUUCCAUUGUGCGCUCCAUGUUGGAGGAUGUUGACAUGGUGAGAACUGAUGGACACGAGAUACACCGGCCAUCCUCCUCAAAGUCCUCCCUGUCCAUCACCUCUGCCAUGACCAGAGGGUCUCAGAGUGAUUUUACAAAUUCUCUUCCAGGCACUCCAGUCCCCAAUGACUGGCCUGUUGAAAUCUAUUGUCCUAUCAUUAGGAAUUCGGUCAUUGAUAUGAGUGACUCCUCAACUCAUUCACAAGGGUCAACAAAUUACACAAGGCAAACCAUCUCUGCCAUAGUUGACACUGUUAUGGAGGUCAUUCAAGAGAAGAUACAGAACACAUAG